AUGGCGCCUCUUAUACCACGAUUUCACCUCUUCGAAAUCGACGAUCAACCAUGGUUCCCGUCCUUCCUCCGCGCUCACGUUCAAGAGGGCCUCUACGUUGCCUGGGUCCAAAGACUCCCCGUCCUUCAGACUGCCUCCCCAGCCCGCGUCGCCGCCCAAAUCCUUCAGCGCAUGCUCGGCCCCCGCCUACCCUCUUACACCUUCAUUGACUUCUGCGCUGGCUCCGGCGGGCCAACUCCUGCCAUCGAGCGUCACAUCAACUGCCACCUCACAGCUCAAAAGCAGCCCACUGUUGACUUCAUCCUGACCGACCUGCACCCUAACACCGACGCCUGGGCCCGCGCCGCCGCCAAGAGCAAUCAUAUUGGCUACGAGCCCAAUAGCGUGGACGCUGCCGCCGCCCCCCGCGAGCUCGUCGACGGCUAUACCUCGAAAGGCAAGAAGGUCUUUCGACUCUUCAACCUGGCCUUUCACCACUUUGACGACUCGCUGGCAAAGGCAAUUUUGAAAAAUACACUCGAGACCUCGGACGGAUUCGCCAUAUUCGAACUGCAGGGCCGCGACCUAUACUCUUUCCUCAUGCCCGCCGUCCUCGGCAUCGGGUGCAUCUUCUUGGCGCCCUUGCAUGCGUGGAGGUUACGCUCGCUUUCGGUGCUGAUUUUUACCUACCUCAUCCCAAUUUUACCGUUCGUAUUGGUAUUUGAUGGGUAUGUUUCUGCCCUGCGAACAAGGACGCCUGAUGAAGUCGAGGCAUUGAUGAAGUCGUGCGGUGCCCGCACCGAUGGUUGGGAGUUCAAAAGUGGCAGCGAACCGCACCUGCCGCCUUUGGGGCACGUGAACUGGAUCGUGGCCGAGAAGAUUUCAUCCAGAGAUUGGUGA